UUUCGUUUUUCCGGGCCAUUACUUCCGGAGCGCUCGUACGUGCGUUUCUCUGUACACGCUGCUGUAUUUCGCUCUGCUAGAGUUCCGCGUUGAUGUUCACCUUCUCACCCGUGUAGUAACUGCUACAGUCUGUUAGACACGGUACACACUCCACUGCGUGCAGUAACGCGUACAGGUUAGACACGGUACACACUCCAUUGCGUGCAGUAACAUGUACAGUUCCAGCUUACAGUUACACACCAGCUUCAAUAACAAAUUAACGGCUGUGUGCCAUCUGACACACACUUUCAUUUGCAACCUUCUCUCUCCCAAGAGAAAUGAGUAAAAGAGAAGGUGACGGAUGCACCCGGAAAAGGAAGACAGAGGAAUGUGUGAACAGAUCCUCUUUUGUCAUUGAGGCUUUCAGAGUGUUUCAACAAGAACUUGACACCAAGCAUGACAAAUAUGAGCGUCUGGUGAAACUGAGUCGAGACAUCACUAUUGAGAGCAAGAGGACGAUAUUCCUUCUGCACAGAGUGACAAGUGCACCCAAUGUCGAGGAGGUUUUAAAUGAGGCAGAAGUGAGACUGAAUGCUGUGAGGCAGAAGAUUAGUCACAUAGCAGAGGAGCUUGGAGAAGAUGAUCUCUAUCAGUUUCACAAAGCAUUCAUGUCAGGUAUUCAGGAGUAUGUAGAGGCAGUGUCCUUCCAUCAUUUCAUUAAACAUCGAACCCUGAUCAGUCUGGAGGAGAUAAAUGCCCGUCUUGUGUUCAUGAGAGAUGAGAAGACAGAAGCGAAGGUUUGUGGCAGGAGCUUGUGGCCAGGAGCCUGCGUGUUAACAUUCCAAGUUACACCGACCGACUACCUUCUGGGUGUGGCUGAUCUGACUGGUGAGCUGAUGCGCAUGUGCAUCAGCAGUGUGGGAAAUGGUGAUGUGGACACACCGUUUGAGCUCAGUAACUUCCUGCGUCAGAUCCAUGAUGGUUUUUCAUAUAUCGGUAACGUAGGUCCUUAUGAGGUUUCUAAAAAGUUACAUACUCUCCGGCAGAGCCUUGGAAAGGUGGAGGAUGCCUGCUAUACACUCAGAGUGCGCGGUUCAGAGAUUCCCAAACACAUGCUAGCUGAUGUCUUUUCAAACAGGGUACCUGUGUUGGAGGAAGAUGACUAAAGUUCCUGCUUCUCUUGUAUCUAAAAUAUGCAUGUUGUGUAUGGUUGAACAGGUUGUUAUUUGUUCUAUAUAAUUAUAAAUGUUUGCCUCUGUAAUUGAUUUUAGAGGUACUUUAAUUGUAGCAUGAUUUCAUUUCAUCUAUAAAACCUGCUUUUUUAGCAUGUCAGAACACAUGAAAUUCAAAUAAAGCUUGUUUUUGAUUGGAA